AUGGUAGAAUUGACAGCUGUUAGUUCUUCUGUCAUCAAUCCUGACACCAAAGCAAGUGCAAGUGCAAGUGAAUCUGAAGAUGACAACGAAAGAGCCGACGCUGCAGAGGAAGAUACGGAGGAUGAAGACCACACUUUCUUUGAUACCCGUGAUUUUCUCUCAUCAAGUUCUUUCAAAAGCAAUGGGUCUGACAUUCGGACAUCGUCUUUUUCAUCUGAUGAUGAUGGAUUGUAUGCAUUUGAAUCAGAAGAUGGAAUGGACCCUUCCAUUACAUCUGCUGUAACUAAAUUCCCUUAUGUUAAGUGUCGCAAGAAAUUGCCUGAACCUGUUGAAAAAGAGAAGCGAGUUAGUCUUUGGUCAAUGAUUAAGGAUAAUAUUGGGAAGGACCUUACAAAAGUUUGUCUUCCUGUGUACUUUAAUGAACCUCUCUCUUCUCUGCAAAAAUGCUAUGAAGAUUUGGAGUACUCUUAUCUUAUUGACAGGGCAUAUGCAUGGGGAAAAGAGGGUAACAGCCUUAUGAGGAUUCUAAACGUAGCAGCAUUUGCAGUAUCUGGAUAUGCUUCUACUGAAGGAAGAAAUUGCAAAUCAUUUAAUCCAUUACUGGGGGAGACUUAUGAGGCUGACUUUCCAGAUAAAGGUCUUCGAUUUUUCUCCGAGAAGGUCAGUCAUCACCCAAUGAUUGUGGCUUGCCACUGUGAGGGCACGGGCUGGAAAUUUUGGGGAGAUAGCAAUCUGAAAAGCAAAUUUUGGGGUCGCUCUAUUCAAAUUGACCCUGUUGGUAUCUUGACUUUGGAAUUUGAUGAUGGAGAAGUGUUCCAAUGGAGUAAGGUCACAACGUCAAUAUACAAUCUUAUUUUGGGAAAACUAUACUGUGAUCACUAUGGUACAAUGCGUAUACAGGCUAAUGUAAACUAUUCAUGUAAGCUGAAAUUCAAGGAACAUUCGAUCAUAGAGAGAAAUCCUCACCAGAAUUGCUCCCAAAGGCCAGGACUGAUAGAUGUUCUCAAUAUGACUUACAGCAAAUACCACAAUUCAACACAGGCAUUUGGCUAUACCCCAAGGAUAUGUGGUCUGAGUGACUACUUUAGCUGUAUUGCCUUCUAUUGGUGUCUAAUGCACUUAGAUGAUUCCCAGUUUAAUGCAUAUGGAUCAUUGUAG